GCUCACCGCUCAUUAAUUCCGCCCUCGCUGACGGUCACACGCAGUAAGGCUAUUUCCAGCGCGAGUAAACCGCUCUCAAGCUGCUUGGAUUCAAGGAAUAUACAAGCUUCUCCAGGAAACAAGAUCCAUCACCAUGUCGCAAAGUCUCCGGACCUGCUUCCUCCUGGUUACCCUCAUGCUGAUCUUGACUGAAGCUUCCAAGAAAGGUGGGAAGAAAGGAGGUGGCUGGAAUAGUGGAAACAGAAACCCUAGUCAAUCUGGUGGCUCCUGGAGCAACUGGAAUAGCGGAAACAGAAACCCCAACCAACCUGGUGGCUCCUGGAGCAGCUGGAAUAGUGGAAACAGAAACCCCAAUCAACCUGGUGGCUCUUGGAACAACUGGGGACAGAAUUAUAAUCCCGGUGGAGGCAACGCAUACAACAAUAAGCAGUGGAAGCCCCCCAAACCUAAAACCAACAUGAAGAUGAUUGCUGCAGGAGCAGCAGUGGGAGCUGUUGGAGGUUUCAUGAUUGGCAGUGCUGUUAGCAAUAUGCGGUACAGCUUCGACAAUGAUCGUGAAUACCAGUACUACAACUCUUACCACAGGCAGAUGCCAAACCAAGUUUACCGGCCCAUGUAUGGGGAAAACACGCAUGUGUCACAGGAAAGGUUUGUGAGCGACUGCUUCAACAUGUCGGUGACAGAGUUCAUUAUAAGAGAGGAAGAAGGAAAGAAUGGCAGCAACAUAGACCCAGUGGAAAGAAGUGUUAAGACAAAAAUUAUCCGAGAGUUGUGUAUCCAUGAAUACCAGAGGGGGUCAGGCCUGAAGGUGCUCUUUAGUCCCAUCCUGAGUCUGUUUGUCACACUGUUUGUUUACUUUGUGGUACAGUGAUGAGAAGCAACAAUUCUGAAAAUUUUAAAUGUACAAAUGCAGAUAAAUACAGAUUCUAAAAUA